CUUGGCCUCGGUAACUAAUACGGUACUUCGCCGUUUACCUUAUUGUGUGCUUUGCAGAGGGAGGAUGCCGAAGAAGGAGAGGACAUGCAGGCUUCUUUCCUCGUCCUUCGCACAUGCUACGACAUCCGUAUGUCUUCCGGCUGUGGCAUCAGCAGUCUGAGCGUGUGUGCCUGCAAGGCCGUUUCAGCUUUUCAACCAAUCUUGGCAGUGUAAAAUACUGCUGCGGGGAUUCCGAAUUUACCUUGAUUCCUAGGUUAAGUCAGAGUUGUGGUCCGUAUAAGGUCCGUUCUACUCUCUCACGCUGAUAUCGAUCCAUCAUUUCUCCUUUGAACCAUCGUAUCGGCACUGGAAUUGAAGGAAGUGCACACAAAGCUUUUCACAAUGGUCUCUCUCGUCGGUCUCGGCUCGACCAACUGGUCGUACUAUACGAUUCCUGUCGCGUUCAUCUUGUGCAUGGUUCCGCAUGCCUACGCCAUCAAGUUGGCAGGCAAGAACUACGAUGUGGGAAACCCUCGCAAGACGGUAGAGCACUGCGCCAAGGACACCUCCCUAGACAAGGUGACGGUCCGCCGCAUCUCCCGCGGAGAAGCGGCCACGGCCAACGGCUUCGAGACGCUCGGCCUGUACGCUGCCGGCGUCGUGGCGGGCAACGUUGCUGGUGUCGCCGCCGAGCGCAUGAACCAGCUGACGCUGGGCUACCUGCUGUCGCGGGUUGUGUAUUCCUACAUCUACGUGGUGCUGCAGGAUAAUUCCAGGUUCGCGGGCCUGAGAUCGCUGGUUUGGAUGGCGGGUGCUGGGCUCAUCAUGGCGCUCUUCGUGGCGGCGGGCCAGGCGUCGAACUAGAUGAUUUGUCUGCCGUGUUUGGCAACAGCUUCAGAGGCACCUUGUAGCGGCCGGCUUGCGGAAUCGUCAUGUCUUGGAAUCUAACUUGAAGAAGCCCAGUAGAUCUUAUCUCUCUAUACCCCCGGACUCAACACCCCUGGCCUCACCUCCUACGCUAGACGGCGCAUUAGCGAGUUUGACAUGGGACGUGA